ACCCUGCAGCCUUGUGCAGCACUAGAACAGCACACGAGAUGGCCGCCGCCACACAACAAAAGGAAUUUCAAAAGAAUUUUCGAUUAAUUGUUGAGAAGAUCUUCAACAAUUGGCAGAACCUUAGGCUCGCCGUGGAGCAUGGAAUGGGCGGACGCAAUGGCCAGCAGGUGGCCAUUCAAAUCAUGGACUACACAUAUCAAUAUUGUGUAGGCAACGAAAAAAUCACGCAGGGCGAGCUGCAGGAGGUGAUUGAAGAGCUAAUGGACCAGGAAUUCAAUACGCUGUGCGACGAUAAUUCCAUACCAGAGAUCUGCCGCAAUCUUCUGCGCUAUAAGCAAAUGGCCCAGCAGAAUCAGUAUCCCGGUAUUGAAGAGGAGCUCAGCAAAUUGCCACCCGGCAAGGAGUGGUUGCGUCCCGAUGUCAAAGUAACGUACACACCCGUAUACGGCGACUCGUCCUCCGACGAUAACAUGGACGAAGACGUGGAUGAUGAUGACGAAAUGUAUGAGAGCGAGGAGGAGGAUGCACCCAUCGUCAGUGGACGCGUAACCCGCUCCCAGACACGCAUGCAAAAUGCUGAGAAAUUUGUUGAGCCAGAAGAUGGCUGGACAACGGUCCGAAGAAAAUGAAUUUUUUUCACGGAAUAAAGGAAAUUAGUUAGCUUUUGUUAGUUGUAA